UCCAUUUAGGUACGCUUCUCUAUUGCACUAUAUUUUCCGAAUGAACCCUCAUCAGUGUUGAGCCUCAAUUAUUUAUGGAUAUUCACUUCAUUAACUGCCGAACAUGUUUCAAAUGACUGAUUAUAGUAACGACGUUUACCAUAUUCAAAUCUUCCAUAAAUCACUGCUAUUAGAACUCACUGCUCUUGUGAACUGUGCUUUGGGCGUCCAAUUACGCCAUUAACUACCUCCGGUUUAUGGUAGCAACUAGUCCCUCACCAUAUAACAAAUUUAAGCACUGUGUUCAGACGUUUCAACAGAGAUGGAUGGUGUUCUGUUGUUCAUUUUGUUUGCCUUUCUCCCCAUCGCUGCUACUGCUGGAAGAUACCAAGAUGCCAUGAAGGUUGGACACAGGCGAAAAUAAAGUGCUUCAAAUUUGUCGGCAAAGAUGUUACUAGAUUUAGCGCAGCUGCCACGUGUAGAAACCGCUAUGCUGCUGAUCUAGCAGUGAUUGAGGACAUGGAAGAGAACAGAGUCGUCCAAGAUCUUGUCCACGGUCACAGGCACGCAUGGAUUGGUUUACAUCGCAGAUACGGACCGUUUCAGUGGAAUGAGGAUUCUAGGUUGCAGGUCAAAUAUGUUAACUGGCUGGGUGCUUCUCGACGAUACUUGAAGAAGUGCGCAAGGAUCCGCGGCUAUGAUGGCUUUUGGGUGCCUUCCUAUUGCUCGGACGACUCCCCUUAUGUAUGCUGGAAAAAAACUGACUGUGAACCUGGCUGGACUGGAGACGAUUGCAACAGCCAGUGUCACUGCUAUCUGGGUUUUGCCUGUAAUGGAACUGAAUCUUGUCCGUAUGGGUGUGAGCUGGGAUGGGCUGGUCACAAAUGUGACAGACGACUAGAUAAACCUACAGUGUCCUUCUACUGCAUGAAAGAAAAAGAAGGCUACUCUCUGGUUGUUUCCUUCGACACGAAAGGGGUUCACUUCACGAAUAUCGGAGCCGUGAACGCUGAAGGGGAGGUCAGCCCAAAGUGUGACAAGAAAACAUUUGUCUGGCUCGAUGGGGAAUUGCGUUUAAAAGUUCAGAUUCAAAACACAUCGGGAGUUUGGGAAUCGGAUUGUCCCACAGAAACGAUCAGUAAGGGGGUCCUGAAAUGGACCUUCAGGCUUCAGAAGAAGACAGACGUAGUAUCGUUUGAAGAUGAGGACCUCCAAGUCCACUGUGAUCUGUCCGAAGCUGAUGUUGCAUACGAUGACACUGACAGACUCCCGAUAGAGAAUAUACGAGUGAGGUCCUUAACGUCUGCCACCAAGACAAGGGUCAACGUUCGGACAUACCUUGCUAAUCCUCGCAGUCUGGAACCGGUCACAAAUGUCAGCCUUGGUGUUCCAGUCAGACUGGUGGUCAAGCUUCCAGAAGGGAAUGACGUCGUCAAUCCGUUGUUUUACCCCUGGAGCUGUCAAGCUGCAUCUCCAGAUGGAAAGGUUACUGUACGACUGACUGACGACUUAGGAUGUUCUCUGAGGGAAGACAUCGGCUUCGGAAUAAUGGACAAAGUCUCUGAUGUGGUCCAGUCGGAGGUAUUCCCACUGUUUCAGCUGCCAGGCUACACAGAAGUGGUGUUCACUUGUAAUCUUGUACCCUCGUACAAAUUCAGAAACGAGACACAGGUCAUAACAGUGAACUCUUCACACAAGCCAGUCCACAACUCUGACACAGCAGCCAUUCCAAACCCUGCAAUCUGUUGGCCACUCACAUCGUUGAUAACCAAACCUCUAUGCUCUAAUUAAACAUCAGUAUCACCUUCUCCCAGUCA